AUGGAGACAGUACUCUGUGGGCCAAUGACUUACAAAGCAGGGUUUCCAGGUCUGAAAACCGACAUGGACCCCAAGGAACGCUUCUACAGGCACUUCGAAGCUCAGGCCACGGCCUUGCAGGAGGACAUUGCAAACCUCGCCAACAUCUCUCCAACCGGCGGCGAACGUAAGGAUGCUACCGACCAUGUCCUCAGUGGCAUAUCCAGGCUCACCAACGAGGUGUCCGACGCCUCCGAGUACGCGCCUCCUCGCGACCAGAUGAUUUACGGCCAGGCCCUCAAAGCACUGCGAGAGCAGGUCAACAUCCACAGCCGAGGGCUUGGCCCCAACACCGGCUUCGAGUUCACCCAAGCAUCCAAAGAUGCCUGGGUCGCAGCCGGGAACAAACCAGCUGCUGCCAAAGACGCCGACGCCGCCGAGGACAGCGACGCCACCGUGCAGGCCGAGCGGACAGACGCGGUGGGCGACCUCCCGAGCAUCAGCGGGAGAACGGCCGCCGGCAAGGACUACAACGCCGAGAUGGCGUCGCAGGCCGGGGCGGGCGUGCGCAAGCCGAGCUUCUCGCAGGCGCGCGACAUCGACAUCUCGAACCACCGCGGGAUGCACAUCAUCCUGCCGGCGACGGCGUCGCGGGCCACGGCGUCGGGCACGCUGACGGAGCUGCGGGGCUGCGUGCUGGACAUGUCGGAGCCGUUCAAGGCGGCGCAAAAGAAAGGCGUUCCUAGAGUGGGAGCCGCCCCCUUCGGCACGCUGGCCAUCCGCAACAUCUCCGGCAGCCUCAUCAUCGCGGGCCAGGUGGCCGGGCCCGCGCACAUCACCGGCGUGCGCGACAGCGUGCUGGUCGUCAACGCGCGCCAGGUCCGCAUGCACGAGUGCGCCAAUGUGACUGUGUACCUGUGGUGCGGCAGCCACCCCAUCGUCGAGGACUGCACGGGGGUCCGCGUCGCGCCGAUUCCCGAGUCAUUCCUCAAGAAGGGCCAGGACAACGGCGGGGCCAGCAACCAGUGGGACCAGGUCGACGAUUUUGGCUGGCUCAAGGCUGAGCCCAGCCCCAACUGGCGGAGGCUGGGCGACGGCGAGGCCGGCGAGGAGGACCAUCAGGCCCUGCCCGAGGAGUUCUGGACGAGCACCGUCAAGGGUGGGCCGAGUCUGAGUACUGAGGAUAUCCUGCGGUGUGCGGGCAUCCACACCUGA